AUGGCCGCGUCCGCCAGCUGCUUCUCCCUGGCGCUCCUUCUCUGGAUCCUGGUCCUCUCGGAUCCAAGUUUCACGGGCGCUCUGGACUCCGCCCCUGAGGAAAGCAACGUUCCCGAGAACAACAUCAACCGGCAGAGCCCCGAGCUGUGGCGGGCCCGGGCGCGGCACUCGAGGAGACACGGCCCCAGCAAGAAGGGCCGAGCCCACGUGCCGGGCCCAGCCGGCGCCUCCGGCCUGCCGGGGAUGCUCCGUGCCGGGGACGCGCCGGCGGUCCAGGGCCCCGCCGGCCUGCUGCGGGACAAGGACGUGUUCCUGGGCUUCGAGUUCCCCUACUCCGAGAGGGACAAUCAGUUCGAAAGAGGGAGGAAGCACGGCCGGGAGCACAAGCGUCGCAGGGACCGAGCGAAGCAACAGCGAGGCAGAAGUCUCGAUCCAAAACCCAGCUCUUUGUUCAAGAAGGCGGAAGUCUCCGAGGACCUGGCCCCCUAUGGCCCAAUGGAAGAAUCCUCUACCAGCUUGGCCCCCACCAUCCUGUUCCUGACCACGUUCGAGACAGCAGCAUCCACUGAGGAGUCACCAGUUCUGCCCGUUACCUCCCCUCGGCCCCUGGCUCGGAUCCGGCCUGAGGGAGAUGUAAUGCCCACUCUGGACAUGGCUUUGUUUGACUGGACUGAUUAUGAAGACCUAAAACCUGAUAUGUGGCCCUCUGCUAAGAAGAAAGAGAAAUUUCAGAGUAAAAGCCCAGACUAUGGCAACGAAACCUCAGCAACUCAGGAGGAACCCUGUGACCACCAUCUCGACUGCCCCCCAGGGUCUUGCUGUGACUUACGGGAACAUCUCUGCAAACCUCAUAACCGAGGCCUUAACAACAAAUGUUUUGAUGACUGCAUGUGCAUGGAAGGACUCCGCUGCUACGCCAAAUUUCACCGUAACCGAAGAGUCACUCGGAGAAAAGGACGAUGUGUGGAGCCAGAGUCCAUUAACGGGGACCAAGGAUCAUUCAUUAACGUUUAAAGGAUCCAGGUGAUGGCUCGGUUUCCCCAUCUGCCUGUGGACCGUGCUCUGGGAGGUUUGGGGAAACGGCAAAUUAUUUUCGCCCAUCGGUGGGGAAAACCAGAGCGGACCAGAUGGCUGUGGGGGGUUCGGAACCGGGACGACCCAACUAUGAAAAGAGAAUGACUAGAAAGUGGGAUUUGAGACCCUUCUGGGCUUAAUGAAGCACUGAACUGCUCCAUGGAUCCAACCCACUACUCCAGAUAUCCUACUUCCUUCAUCUUGCCGCUAUUUACAAUGGAUGGCAAUGCUAAGAGUGACCUCUAUUGUCCCCAGGAGGUACUGCGCCACCAUGAUGAAUGUGAACCAUUGGCAAUAUCUACAGGAGAGGAAGAGAUAAUUCAUCUUUAGCUCUGUUAAUUUACUUGGGGGAAGGGAAGAAGAAAAGAUGAAGUUUACUUACAUUCGGUGCUUUUCUGCUUCUUUGUGGGAGAGAGGUAGAUAUGCCUCAGUAAAGAGGAUUACCAGGUAUUAGGGUCUUCUUAUUGCCCUCCUUCUCUAAAUUAGUGUUCCCUCAUCCAAAAACAAAAACAAAACCACUCAGUGUUUGUUUAUCUGCACAGAUUAAACCUGAUCCCUGCUGUCUGGGAGUUUCUAGUUUAAAUGACAAUAGCUUUUAAUGGAUGUUCAAUGAUCCCAUGAGAUCCUUCAGAUACAAAUUUGAUGUGUUUCAGAAUUCAUUUUUCUCCUAAUUUUUAGUUAAAUCUGCCCUUUUCGGUCCCACACUCACUUGUCCAGUACUAUAGCUAAAGGCACAUAUUUGUUUUAAAAAAAAAGUUGGCUAGGAGUUACCACCACAGAACAGAACAAAGCUACUUGAGUGGUCAGGGGUAUCAAGUCCAUGGUAGUCAAAUAAAGUUCUUAGUCUUCCAUGUAACUGAUUUAAGUAUGGACCACAUCAUUAGAACACUACAAAACCUACCUCCGUGAAUCUCCAGUCUGAUCUAGAAAUCUGAAUUAGGAUUCUUUAGACCUCUUUUUCUUCCAGGCCCAUGGGAAAUCCAGGGUCUGAUCAAGCAAUGUCUAAUCACCCUUACUACCAGGAAUGGAAGUAAGUAAUGGAAGCUUAUUUCCUCUAGCCUUGCUCUCUGUUGAGAUAGAGGCUACCCUAACGCUCUUCUAAGAACCGUCCUUCACAAAGCUGAUAAGGGAGGUGAUAGUCCUAUUGUCCUAUUGUCCCUUGCUGUGAUCAGACCACAUCUGAAGAAUCAUGGUCCUUUCCAAGCACCAUUUUUUUUUAAAAGAAGAAUGUUGACAAAAUGAAGAGUGUCCAGAGAGGGAUCAAGGCUUAUAGAGGUUGGUUAAAGUUUGGAGAAGGGAAUACCUAGAAGAGGGAUUCGUAACUUUUGUGUGUAUCUUGUAUCCCUUUGGCCAUCUGAUGAAGCCUGUGGACCCUUUCCCAGAAUCAUAUUUUUAAAUGCAUAAAAGAAAACACAAAGAAUUACAAAGAAAACCAAUUAUUAAAAGGCAAAUUCUCCAACCUCAAGUUAGGAAGUCCAGAUUUGGAGGGAACAUAAAGGUAUUAUCACAUAGGAGAGGGACUGGAUUUGUUCUCCUUGGCCUCAGAGAACAGAUCCUAGAAGUUACAGACAGAUAGUUUUAGUUUCAAGGAAAAGUAAAACUUCCUAACAAUUAGAACUCACCCCAAAUGGGAUAUGCUGUCCCUAGAGGUAAUGGUUUCCUAACCACUGGAAGUCUUCAAAUGGAGGAGUGUAGACCGUAAUGUCAUAAAAGGGAUUUUUAAUUAGGUAAAAGUUGAACUAGAUAAUCUUUGAGCCACCUUCUGGCUCUGGGAUCCUAUAACUUCCCCUUCAAUCUUUGGUUUUUUGUUUAGUUUGGUUUGUUUUUGCGAGGCAAUAGAGAUUAUGACUUGCUAAAUGUCAAGUGUCUGAGACAACAUUUGAACUCAGAUCUUCCUGACUCCACUGUGCCACUAGUUGCCCCAACCUGCUUUAUUCUAGAUAACUGUAAUCCUGGAGUUAUAGAAGCUAGAAAUAUCAGGUGCUAAGGCACUGCUUAGAGGGAGCUUUGUAAUGCUAUGUUAAGGAGCCUCAAAGUUAGCAGUGCUGACUCAAAUGUUUCUGGCUACCCAGAAAAAAAAAUUGCUACAGUGAAUUUAAGAGUCAUAUACUGAAUAAAAGAAAAAGAAGGUUCAAAUCUCUCUUCUGACACAUACCAUGUGUUAUCAUAGCCCAGGGCUAUCAGUGAUCUCAGAAGGUACUUGGGUAGAAGCGUUUCCUCACUUGGGAGUUCCCCAGAACCAAUUAAACCACAGAUCCAGUCUCUAUCCCAUCUUCAGUAAUAGAUUCACUUGCCACAGGACUUUCUUUAUCCAGUCUGUCAAUAAGUGUUGAGUGCCUACUAUGUGGAGAACUAUGUCCCAAUUGCAAGGAGCAGGAACACGAAUGCAGUAAAAGACGCAUCCCCUUGUCCAGAAGAGCUUCCACUCUGUAGGCCAAACAAAUAUCAUACCAUUGUAUUUUAGCUGGCAACUCCCAAGCUGACUCAGAAGGAACUAGGUAGGAACUAGACUAGACUUCCAGGUUUUCCCAGACCACCUCCUAUUUCCAGAAAUAUCCAUUAUAUUAUUGAUUUUCCAGGAAAGCUAUAUUACUGAGCUAGUGCUUGGAGUUCAUGAAAAUAGGAUUUGACCUGUAUUUGAAGAGGCGAUGCACAUAUGUGAAACCCAGAACACAUCUAUAAAUAGGCCUCAUAAUUUAUGGAAGACGAAUAAAGCAAAAACCAAGCAUUCAAGUGAGAAAAAAGCUAUUUGGAUGCGCUAGAACAAUAAACUCAUUUUUGUUCCUGGUGGGAGAGAUUAUGAAAAAGGCCAGAACUGGUUUAAUUGCUCCAGUGUUUUCUCCUCCAUGGCUUGUCCUAAUGACUAGGAUGACUGGGAAUUAAUUCAUUCUCUGCAUAAAGUCUUUGGUUAAUAGUGGAACCUGGCUCGUGUCUACAAUAUCUGUCAGCCAUGAAUUUUUAAUCUCUAGGACACAACCCUCAGUCUGCAACGUCUUCUGGUCUCGCUGUUCUGUCUCCUAGGUUGGAAUUGAUUUUCAUUAAUGAGAAACUGAAACUCAACGGAAUGGACUAAUCCCAGGGCUUUUAGUCAUUCUCGAGAACUUUUCUAGGGGGAUGAGUUUUCCUCUUUCAAGGGGGAAGGGGAUUUUUUGGUGGGGGGGAGGGGAGAGUUGUCACCUUGUAGUCACGUGAUGUGUUGCAUGUAUGUUUUAUUAAACUGUAAAUAAAGAGUUAAUCAUUCAUG